AUGGACAGGGAUGGGAGCCGGAGCCGGGACGACAGUGUGGUGGACCUCAGCUUCCAGGCCAGGAGCCCUUUGGUGCCCCCAACCCAACUCCAGGAGACGCCGCCCAGCUAUGACUGGCUUUUUCAAAGGAGCGACCAACAGGAAUUCUUCCCACCUCUGGAGUCUCCAGGGAGAACCCAGGAACAGAGGCACUGGGCCUCCUUCCUGGAACACAAGGCGCCGGUGGUGACAGAGGCCGAGGCCCGGGAAGCGCUGCUGGGCUUUGUCAACGCCGAGUGCUGCCACGGCCGGGUGGCCGCCAGCGAGCUGGUCAUCUGGCAGCUGAAGCGGCAGACCCUGUGCAGGUACCGGCUGGAGACGUUCAGCGAGUCCAGGACCCGCGAGUGGACGUUCCAGCCCUUCUCCGGUCACUCUGUGGACGGGCCACAAAGAGGAGCCUCCCCCCGGCUCUGGGACAUCAAGGUCCAGGUCCCCCCGAUGUUCCAGGAGGACACCCGGAAGCUCCAGGUCCCUCACUCUUCCCUGGUCAAGGAGUGUCACAGGUGCCACGGCCGGGGGCGAGAUGCGUGUGGCGGCUGCCACGGGGCUGGCGUGGCCCGGUGUCCGGCCUGCAGCAGAGCCAAGCGCAGGGCCCGGCCGCCCCGCAGGUGUCAGAUGUGCUCCGGGUCCGGCCGGCGCAGGUGCAGCACGUGCUCGGGCAGGGGGAGCAAGCCCUGCGCCACCUGCAAGGGGGAGAAGAAGCUGCUGCACUUCAGCCAGCUGGUCAUCGCCUGGAAGAACAGCCUGUUUGAGUUUGUGUCCGAGCCGGGGCUGGACUGCCCCAGGGAGCUCCUGGCCAGAGCCAAAGGGGAGAGUCUGUUCAAGGACGAGAGCGCCAAGGUGUACCCCAUUGUGGACUUCCCCCUGCGGGAGAUCUGCCAGGCCUCCCGGCGGGGCCUCUCGGAGCACAGCGCCGCCCUGGCCUCCCGAGCCCGCGUCCUGCGCCAGCGCCAGACCAUCGAGCUGGUCCCCCUCACGGAAGUGCGUUACUGGUGCCGCGGGAGGACGCACGUCUGCUGCAUCUACGGCACCGACCACAGGGUGCACGCGGCCGGCCGCCCCCAGCCCUGCUGCUGUGCCUGCACCCUCCUCUGA